UUCUUUUAUAUUUUGCAGUCAUAUGAAUUACAUGUGCAGCUCUGCAUCAGAACAGGGAGGUGAGACGUAUACAUGAGAUUGAUAAGAACAAUUUUAAUCUGGAGUGGAAACAAAAGUUAUCAAUUAAGAUUUGCCCAGCUGUUCCACCAACCUCAACUAAUCUGAGCCUCCUAAUUGCUGGCUCAUUUAAUCUCCAAGAUGUCAGACGAAGUUUCCAUGACAACCGAUGAGGCGCUCAUCUUCUUGCGAGAUGUUCUUGGUAUGGAGACUACGAAAGACCAAAUUCACAAUAAUCGGAUAGCUUUCUUGGACGAACUGACAAUGGCAUGGAUCCAUCACAUUCCCUUCCAGUCCAUCAGGGCAAUCUCUGUGCCCCACCCCGAACGUCAUCUCCCAUCUUUCGCCGAGAUCAAGAAGGAUCUGUUCUCUAAGAUUGGCGGUCUCUGCUAUGAUCACUCUCUGAGUACCUUGGCCGUCCUCCGCGCCCUGGGUUUCGACGUCUCAUUGGUGACGUGCGAUGUCAGCUUCCAAGACAGCCACGCCCUGGUUCUCGUCCACAACGCUUCCUCUCAAGGCAGCAUCCAUAUGGUGGAUGUUGGAACUGGAUACCCAACGUUCAAGGCCAUACCGUUCGAUUUUGAGCUCGUGUCCCCCGAGUACCAUCAUUCCUAUCUCCGCUACCGGUUCAUCCGCGAAGGCGACCUCAUCAUCCGUCAACACCAUGCCGAUACCGAUCCCAGAGCUUCCCUGUGGCCAGACAGAGUCAAGGAUGGCUGGUAUUCCUUCAUCUACAUCCAUUACGACAAGCCGCAGAAGAUCUCCUACUUCGAUAGGGUCAUGACAACACUCUACACAGAGAAAUUAUCCACCCCACCGUAUCUUACAAGCCCUCGGUGCAUGACCUGGCCAAAAGGUCGAUUCAUCUGCAUUAAAGACACGACUUUAUUGGUUGAAAAAGAAGAGGGACGGGUUGAAAAAUCUUAUCUUAAGUCACUAGAUGAUAUCGUUGCUGCGUAUAAGAAUUACUUCCCGCAAUUCCCUGAAGAUAUUGUGAAAGCGGCUAUGAAUGACGCAUGGGUUGAUCUUGACUUCUCAAAGAUACUACCAGCUACUGGACAUGCCUAGUCCAUUUGAUUUAUACUUAGUUUUGUUACCUUCAUUCUCAACUGAAAUAUUCCUCUUCAUGAGAAUAUUGUGAGCAGAUCCUUUUUUUUUCAAUCGAUCAGUUAUUAAAUUUGGGGGA